AUGUCUACCUCUUACCUUCCUGCGACGAAAGACUCUAUUUCUCAGGCUAUGGAAGCUGAUGCUCCAUCUGAAUCCAUCUCCAUGCUCUACCGUGUAAUUGAAAAUCCUUCCUCAUCUCCAGAAGCACUGCAAAUUAAAGAACAAGCCAUUACAGAUCUCACUGAUCUGCUUAGGCAAGAGAAUAGGGCUGAGGAUCUUCGCAGUCUUCUGACUCAGCUGCGACCCUUUUUUGCUGUGAUUCCCAAGGCUAAAACUGCAAAAAUUGUCAGAGGAGUACUCGAUGCUGUUGCCAAAAUACCCGGCACGUCCGACCUGCAAAUCGCCCUGUGCAAGGAAAUGGUGCAGUGGACCCGUGCAGAGAAGAGGACAUUCCUCAGGCAGCGAGUCGAAUCAAGGCUUGCAGCACUUCUGAUGGAGAACAAGGAGUAUACAGAAGCAUUAACCCUUCUUACCGACUUGGUAAAAGAGGUAAGGAGGUUAGAUGACAAGCUACUCCUUGUGGACAUAGACUUGCUAGAGAGCAAGCUUCACUUUUCACUGAGGAACCUGCCCAAGGCAAAAGCUGCACUAACAGCUGCAAGAACCGCUGCGAAUGCAAUAUAUGUACCUCCGGCCCAGCAAGGCACUAUCGAUUUGCAGAGUGGGAUUCUUCAUGCGGAGGAGAAGGAUUACAAGACUGCCUACAGCUACUUCUUUGAGGCAUUUGAGUCUUUCAAUGCUCUUGAGGACCCCAGGGCAGUUUUCAGUCUUAAGUACAUGCUACUGUGCAAGAUCAUGGUGAGUCAGGCUGAUGAUGUCGCCGGCAUAAUUUCCUCCAAAGCUGGACUCCAGUAUGUGGGGCCAGAGCUGGAUGCUAUGAAAGCUGUUGCUGAUGCUCACUCCAAGAGAUCAUUGAUGUCGUUCGAGACGGCACUGCGUGAUUACAAGGCUCAGCUGGAGGAAGACCCCAUUGUUCAUCGGCAUCUGUCUUCUCUGUAUGACACGUUAUUGGAGCAAAACUUGUGCAGGCUGAUUGAGCCUUUCUCCAGGGUUGAGAUUGGACACAUUGCUGAGCUCAUUGAGCUGCCUACCGAUCAUGUGGAGAAGAAGCUCUCACAGAUGAUUCUGGACAAGAAGUUUGCCGGGACCUUGGAUCAAGGCGCCGGCUGUCUCGUGAUCUUUGAUGAUCCCAAGACGGAUGCUAUAUAUCCCGAUACAUUAGAAACCAUCGCCAAUAUGGGGAAGGUCGUCGACAGCCUUUUUGUGAGGUCUGCCAAGAUCAUGGCGUGA